AAAUCCCUUCAAACGUAAACAUCAUACGAUAGAGGGUGAUUUUCGUCUUUUCAUAUCGCACGACAAAAACAAGCAAAGAGCAGAAGAAGGAAGGGGGAAUUCGCCAUUUGUAGGCGGGCGCGAAAGAGGAGAGAGAAAAUACGACUCGUGCGUGGACGCUUUUGGGCUGCGAUGCGUGGCCAUUGUUGACAACAAAAAAAUGGCGAGAACAAAACUCGGUUUUCGAAGUUGUCGACAAUGGAGAGUGUGUGUGAGAAAAACAGAAAUAAAAAUGGCAGAAUCAUAAAUAUAUCGGAAUUUAUUUUAACGCGCACUCAUAAAACCCUAGAAACUGACUCAACAUCAACAUCAAGAUCAACAUCUUGAACUUCUUCAGCACUUUAUUCGGAAAUGGCUGAAGUGAAUAAAGUUCUGUAUAUAAUGGUUCUGGACGGAGAUAACUAUAAACGAGAUGAAGAGAAAAUGGAUAAAGAGUCAUUUCGAUACACUCGUUCUGUUUUGCAGAGUACUCUGCAGCUUAUGGGAUGCAAAGCUCGCCAUGCUUUUAAGAUUAGCAAAAGGGUUUUUGACAUGGUGAAAAGUCAAAAUUCAAGUGAGGCAGCAGCCGGAGUGAGUGCAUAUGGAGCUGGUAUAUCCGGUAUAAGAUCUAAGUCUCAAGAACCAUUAUCUAAUGGUAGUCGCGUGGUCAAAGCUCAGGUUAUCAAUAAUAUAGUUGUCGAGAAAGAUGGUGGAACUAAAAGCUUGUUGUCUGAGCUGUACAAAAGGCGCACAACAGUGUUUAUUGGGAGAGACAAGUUCUUGGAUGUUGUAUGUGAUGCGCUAUCCGAGUAUAAAUAUGUAGGCCCCAAUCAGAGGGAAGACUUCAAUCUGGCAUGCAGAAUCCGUGAGAGGAAGGAAUCUAUGACUAUCCUGCUGUGUGGCACUAGCGGCUGUGGGAAAUCUACAUUGUCGUCUUUGCUGGGCAGCAGAUUGGGAAUCACUACAGUUAUAUCAACAGAUUCCAUACGACACAUGAUGAGGAGUUUUGUGGAUGAAAAAGAAAACCCUUUGUUGUGGGCGUCAACCUAUCAUGCAGGAGAAUACUUGGAUCCUGUUGCUGUAGCAGAAGCAAAGGCUAAAAGGAAGGCCAAGAAGAAGGCUGGAAGUACUCAAUCAUUCUCGAAAGAUGGAUUAUCUGAUAAUGUUCAAAAUGUUAAAACGGAUCAUCAAAAGCCAGAGAUGGGCUCUAAUAAUACUGACCUGAUCAGUCCAAAACAAAUGGCAGUUGAGGGAUUUAAGGCCCAGAGUGAAAUGGUCAUAGAGAGUCUUGAUCGGCUGCUGACUGCUUGGGAAGAGCGGAAAGAAUCAGUUAUCGUUGAAGGGGUUCACUUAAGCCUUAACUUUGUGAUGGGGCUAAUGAAGAAACAUCCUUCCAUUAUACCUUUCAUGAUAUACAUUACUAAUGAAGAUAAACACUUGGAAAGAUUUGCAGUGCGUGCAAAGUACAUGACCUUGGAUCCGACUAAAAAUAGAUAUGUUAAGUACAUUAGAAAUAUUAGAACUAUACAAGAAUACCUAUGCAAUCGUGCUGAUAAACAUCUUGUCCCUAAGAUUAAUAACACUAAUGUAGACAAAAGUGUAGCAGCAAUCCAUGCCACAGUUUUCAGUUGUUUGAGGAGGCGUGAGGCGGGGGAGCAGCUAUAUGACCCUACUACUAACACAGUAAAUGCGGUGUAUGAGGAAUUUAGAAAUCAAUGUGCAGCAGAUUCUCUUAGCUCCAAAGGGAUGUUUCAACUAAUCCAAAGGCAGGGGUCAUCAAGACAUUUAAUGGCUCUUCUUAAUAAUGACGGUUCCGUCGCAAAGGCUUGGCCGGUUAAUUCUGUUGAUAGUAAUGGCAACCCUAUUGUGGGGCGUGGGGCUGACUCUGAGAUAGGAACACCGAUGUAUGGUCCCCUGCAGAUUGGCAAGGCAGAACCAGUAAAUCUUCAGUUUGGUCAUUUUGGUUUAAGUGCUUGGCCAAGUGAUACUGGGGGCACUAGCCAUGCUGGCAGUGUUGAUGAGUCUAAGGCUGAUUGGAAUGGUACUGACACUGGUAGUAGAUACUACUCUUCCUGCUGCAGCUCACCCCGCCUGUCCGACGGACCUGCUAAGGAGCUAAAGGAAGAGCUCUCAGUGUCUGGCAGCGAUGGAGAGGUCGAUGAUCCGCCUGAGAUGGAAAGUGAUGAGGAUCUGAGUGAUGGUGACAAACAUACUCAUGAAGAGAUUGAAGGGUCUGUUGAUGAGGAAUCCACCAAGUCGGAUGAAGAGUAUGAUGAUCUGGCAAUGCAGGAUGAUCAAGAUUAUGGCUACUGUACUGACAAUGAUGAUGAUGACUUUAAAGAAAAAAUUCUCUCUUGCUCGAGCAAUUUUCCGACUCUUGGGAAUGAUAACAAGAUUGGAGACAAGUACCCACCAACUCUUGACAUGUUCUUGAGGACCAAAAGUGAACCUUUGUCUGAGACAUUAUGUUCAUAUCCUCCAGUGUUUGCUAGGAGUGCUAAGAAGACCCCUCCAAGCAAUAGUAGGAUGAGGAAACGCUCUCUCAGCAUUCCGGCUGUUGGAAAACCUGUCAAUGCUGCAGGUGCUAUACUUUCUGGGGCACCGGAGCCAUAGUGUAACAAUUUUGUUCAUUAGUCUAAGUGUCUAACCCCUGCAAUUAUGAAGUGUUCUGCCUUUAACAAACCUCUCCUUUUCUAACGACUGGGUUGUUCAUUGUACGACAAUAGACAUUCUGUUGCGAGGCAAGCACGUUGCGUCUGAAGCUGUAUCAUGUUUGUUGAUCUCCUUUUAUUGUAUAGUCGCUUAUAACCUGAGCCCUUUUCAUUUGCCAUUCUAGUUGUUAGUAAUUGUAGUUUUCUAGCGUGAAACAUUAUUAGAUGUUUAGAAUUCCGAAUAUGUAGUCUUUGAUCAAUAAAGUUUAUUCCUUGAUUUCA